ACUCAGAUUUGUGUUCGAGUGGAAAUUCAAAGUGCAGUAAAAAGUGAUCAGAGACGAAAUUUUCCAAUUUCCCAAGCAGUUUUUCCAAACAUCGAGUGCUAAUGAGCACUUGUGUCGGGAUUUUAUCGAUUCAAACGUGAAUUUGCCACAUGAGCGUUCGUGUGGAAGUGAAUUAGAGACUUUAUUUAUUUUCAACUUUUUCAAAAUGUCAUUUCUUUUUCGCUCAAGCAAGACAUUUAAGCCGAAAAAGAACAUCCCCGAGGGCACACAUCAGUAUGACUUGAUGAAACAUGCCGCAGCGACUUUGGGCUCCGGAAAUCUAAGAAAUGCGGUGCAGUUGCCCGAUGGCGAAGACCUGAACGAAUGGGUUGCUGUAAAUACUGUAGAUUUCUUUAACCAGAUAAAUAUGUUAUACGGCACAAUCACAGAAUUUUGCACAGAAGAUACGUGUUGCAUCAUGUCGGCAGGUCCCAAAUACGAGUAUCACUGGGCCGACGGUCAAACAGUGAAAAAACCCAUCAAAUGCAGUGCCCCGAAAUACAUCGAUUAUCUCAUGACGUGGGUGCAAGACCAACUCGACGACGAAACACUAUUUCCGUCAAAAAUUGGCGUUCCCUUCCCGAAAAACUUCCUCGCGAUCGCAAAGACAAUACUGAAGCGCCUCUUUCGCGUCUACGCUCACAUCUAUCAUCAGCAUUUCACCGAAGUCGUCAGGCUUGGCGAAGAGGCGCAUCUCAAUACGUCCUUCAAGCACUUUAUAUUUUUCGUACAAGAAUUCAACCUCAUCGAUCGUCGUGAAUUAGCGCCGCUCCAAGAGCUCAUUGACAAACUGACAGCGAAGGAUGGACGGUAAACUUCUAAAAUAAUUAAUUUUUUUCACGUAAUUCGUAGAUUUUAAGAGCUUUCUCAUUUAUAAUUUUUUUUUGUUAGUCGAUAAGUUUGUAGUAGAUUUUUUUUAAUUAAUUAAUUAUUAUUAUAUUAUAUUAUUUGUACUGCCUUUCCCCUAAAAAAAUAAUUAGAAUUGUAUUUAUGUGACAAUUUUUCUUAAAAAAAUAUAAUUUGUACUCAAAAACUGCAAUUAAUUCCUAAAUAGAAAGUCGAGAAAGUCUCGCCGGAAAUUAAACCGAGCAAUUUUCUCGCAAAAAAUACAUUUAAUUUUGCUAAAAAUA